GAUAGAAGGCACGCCAUCACCUUCAGGCAACAAGUGCAAUCUUUCGGUGACAAUUCAUUGCAUCUUAAACUGACGACACAACUGGUCAGAAGCAGGACAUCAGCACAAUCUUCGGUAACAGCUGCAAUCUUGGUGGCAACACGACAUCGGUAGAUCGAAGGCAGGCUAUCACCUUUAGGCAACAAGUGUAAUCUCCCGCAACUAUAUGGCAUAUAAGAAUUUAAGCGAGCUUACCUCAAGUGGACAAACAUGGAACAUCAAAGUUAAAGUAAUAAGAAUGUGGGAUUCAAUCAACCCUUCCACAGAUGACCUUAUAAGCAUUGACAUGAUACUGAUGGACGACCAGGGUGAUACAAUUCACGCUACUAUAUGGAAGGAUAUGACAGACACAUACAAAUCAAAGAUCAGUGAGGGUUCUGUAUAUGUUUUCAGCAACUUUAAAGUUGUACAAUCUACAAAAUAUCGCCCAAUCAGCAAUGAGAUUAAAAUUACUUUUGCAUACAAUACAAAGGUAAAUGAGGUGAAGGGAACAUCAGAUAUUUUUUCAGAUUACUACUUUGAGUUUGCUACCAAGUAUACCCUAGAAGAAAGGAAAGAAAAAGACAAACAAUGCUCGGAUGUCAUUGGAUUACUUACCCAUAUGAAGCCUAUAGAAUCAAAGAUAACAAAGAGGAACACAGCUACAGAUAUACGAGAGAUUGAAAUUAUGAUACCAGAGUAA